GACGAGGGACAGAGACAGACAGAGGGACCAUGGUUUCACACUGGAAUAUACAACUACUGACUACACACUGUACACAACAUGGACUCUGAAUCAUUGGACCGGUGCAUCCAGACCGCCCUGUCAGCCCUCUACCCCCCUUUCCAGGCCACAUCACCGACUGUCCUCUUUCAGGUCCUCAACGUGGUGGAGACUCGCUACAGAGGCGACGGCCUCCGCUACCUGCUGCACUUCCUGCUUCCUGCGAAGCAGCUCUUACAUCGACUCCAGCAACAUGCCAGUGUGCAGUGUGGUGAAGGCUGGCCUCUGUGUGUCCAGGAGAAAGUAGUCGUUCAGCUCUGUCCUCUGGACCAGCAUUUCCUCCGUCCAGGAGACUUCUACCUGCUGGUUUCUCCUGCUGCUCCUCCUCCUCCUCUUCAACCUCACGGCACCUCCUGUAGGAGCUGCAUCGCCUCCUCCUCCCCCCGCCUGCUCCUGUGCAGCGUGUCGGCCGGCAGCCGUUAUGUGGAGCAGCAGGAGGUGUCAGAGUUAGCCCUACUGUCCCUCUUCAGCAUGGCCUGGCUGGACUCCGUCAACAGGGAAAGGGAGCAGCGAGGAGCGUCCAGGCUGGAGCGCUGCGUCCUCUCUGCCAACGGAGACAUCUUCAGGGUCCCCUGGGAGGACCUGGUCUACCCACAAUUCAUCAGCCGGCCCCUGACCGCCCUGAAGGACGACACGCCACGUGAUCUGUGUAGAGAUAUUAACUCCAGACAGGAGGAGCUCCGACCAUCUGCUCCAAAAACUGACCAAUCAGCAGCGAGUAGCGAGGCUGACGACUCGGAGGGGGAGUAUGUGGAGCUGACGGAGCUCCCACUGCCUCGGUUCUCCCCCCAGAAAGGUUCCUUAACCCAGUCCAUCAGCCUGCAGCACCGAGCCAGGACCAGCACACGGUCCUCCACACACACUGCUGCAGGACACACACCUCACAACAUCAACACACACACUGCUGCAUCACACACACUUCACAACAUCAACACACACACUGCUGAAGCACACACACCUCACAACAUCAACACACACACUGCUGAAGCACACACACCUCACAACAUCAACACACACACUGCUGCAUCACACACACUUCACAACAUCAACACACACACUGCUGAAGCACAAACACCUCACAACAUCAACACACACACUGCUGCAUCACACACACCUCACAACAUCAACACACACACUGCUGAAGCACACACACCUCACAACAUCAACACACACACUGCUGCAGCAAACACACCUCACAACAUCAACACACACACUGCUGCAGCAAACACACCUCACAACAUCAACUCACACACUGCUGCAUCACACACACCUCACAACAUCAACUCACACACUGCUGCAUCACACACACCUCACAACAUCAACACACACACUGCUGAAGCACACACACCUCACAACAUCAACACACACUCCUCCUUGCCUCGUGUUGACAUCAGCCCCCACACCGAGUUUUGCUCCAAGCUCAUCGGGGAAAACCUCCACCAGGGCUCCUGUGGACCCGUCAUCCUUACCCCCAUCUCCCCCAACACCCCCACCUGCUCCUCCUGCUCCUCCUCUGCUCCUGCUGAAGUUGUGGGAACCUCCAUCAGUCAGUCGGAGCACCAGGUGUCACAGGAGCAAACAGAAGGUACUGAUUCAGACGGACAGGUGAAGCUGAAUACUGAACCUGAUGACAACAGAGAACAGAGAGUGGAGGAGGAGGAGGAGGAGGAGAAGGAGAAAGAGGGGGAAACAGAGGAAAAGAGGCAAGAGGGAGAGCUGUUGGAGAGGCAUGAAAGGAAGAAUGAAAUGGUGUCAGUUGAAGAGGGUGUAGAGAAGGAAGAGGAGGAGGUGCAGGAGGAGGUGGGACAGUUGGAGUGUAGGAGGGAAGAAAAUUUACUGCCACACACAUACACUGCUAAGGAGGGAGGAGAAAGGGAGGAGGAGGAUGAAAGUGAAGAGACAGACGGAAAUGGAGAGGAAGAGUUGGAUGAGGAAGGAGACGAUGAGUUAGAGGAGGUGGAGGUAGAGGAGGAGGUUCAGGUUGUAAUUGUCCAGCAGAGUCAAGAAAGAAGGGAAGAAGAGCAAGUGAUGAAAGAAGAUGAGGGAGAAGAAGGAACAGAGAAAGAUCAAGAAGAGAGAGAAGGUAGAGAAAGGCACAUAGAUAAAGAACCUGACUCAUGCAUGAACACACACUCUGAGGACUCUUAUUCUGAAAACAACAGACUACAAACACACUCUGAGGACUCUUAUUCUGAAAACAACAGACUACAAACACACUCUGAGGACUCUUAUUCUGAAAACAGCAGACUACAAACACACUCUGAGGACUCUUAUUCUGAAAACAACAGACUACAAACACACUCUGAGGACUCUUAUUCUGAAACCAGCAGACUACAAACACACUCUGAGGACUCUUAUUCUGAAACCAGCAGACUACAAACACACUCUGAGGACUCUUAUUCUGAAAACAACAGACUACAAACACACUCUGAGGACUCUUAUUCUGAAAAUAAUACACAACUCUCACACUCCAAGGACUUCUAUUCUGAAAAGAACACACUGCAAACACACACUGGGGACUCUUAUUCUGAAAAUAAUACACAACUCUCACACUCCAAGGACUCUUAUUCUGAAAACAACACAGUACAAACACACUCCAAAGACUCUUAUUCUGAAAAUGUUAUACAACACACAUACUUUGAGGAGUCCAACGCACUACACACGAACUCUGAGGACUCUUAUUGUGAAAACAUUAAACCACCGAAACACACUGAGGACUCUUAUUGUGAAAACUUUAAACAACUGACACACUGUGAGGAGUCUGAGGAGGUUGACGCAUCGAGCUCCUCCUCACCAGCGAUGGAUGCAGACUCACUUCGGACUGAACCUGAAGAGUCUGAAGGUGGACAGAGGAAGUCAGAGGAGCAGGAGGAGCUGGAGGAGGAGUGCAGCUGUGAGGAGGUUGGUGGAGGAGGAACUGCAGAGCUUCAGACUGAAGGUCUCAGUGAUGAUGAUCCACCUCCUCCCCAGUCAGAGGUCAGUCCGUCUACUGGUCCCAGUCCAACAGAACCAGAACAACCAGCACCCCCUCCACAGCUGGAUCAUCCAGCUGUUCCCACAGCCCCGGUACAGUCCUCCCGGUCCUCCCGGUCCAGCUUCUUCAGUGUGCUGCUGAGCUCUGGAGCUGUCUGUCUACCUGGUACCAGAGACAAGAGUGGACGAGCUCUGCUGACGGUCUGUACCUGGAGCUCCGUGUGGUCGAACCCCGGCUGUGAGCGGGCCGAGCUGCUCCGCCUCCUGCUCUACUACACCUCAACCCUCAGGAAGGAGAUGCGAGCGUUGGGGCUGACGGUGCUGGUGGAUGCCCGCAGAGCUGUUCCUGUCCCCGCCCUCUUCUCCGCCCUCAGGUCCCUGCAGGAGAACACACCAGGCUCUGUCCACACUGUGUUACUGCUGGUCAAAAAGGACUCGUCUCUACGUCUGGAUAAACCUGCAGCCUCACAGGUGGAGGUGUUGAACUCUCUGAAGUCUGUUCAGAAACACGUGGAGCUGCAGCAGCUUCCUGCAGAGCUCGGAGGAUCCUUCAGCUUCAGGCAGAGCAGCUGGCUCAGCUUCAGAGCGAGAGUGGAGCAGCUGACCAGUCAGUGUGAAGACGUCAUCAGACUGCUGCAGAAAACCAUCAGCGUCCUGCAGACCACACCUCUACCUGCUGCUGCUGAGGAUGCUGAGCUGCUGUUGUCCAGGUACAAGGCGGUGAUGUGUAGCGUCCUUGAGGACAGUCGAUUGGUGCAGUUACAGCAGGAGGGCGGGGCCUGUCUGUCAUGGCUGCGCAGAGAGGAGAGCAGCAUCAGUGUGACGGAGGAGUACAGGGCCCAGGUGGAGGCGGUGUCGUCCCUGUACGAGCAGGUGGACGAGCUGCUGCACCGCCUCGUCACUCUGUCCAACUCCAGGACCCAGGAGCUCACCUUCAUCCUGGACUUCAGGAUCCUGGAGCAGGGCUUCACGGAGGUGAGGUUGUGGCUGGAGGAGGUCGGUGAGGUCCAAUUGAAAACUCUGGAUGAACCUGAGGAUUCUCUGGAGCUUCUCAACAGGAAACAGCAGAAGUUCAAAGACUUCUACACAACUGCAUAUGAUCACUGUAAACGAGGUGAGGCGUUGUUGGCUCGUCUGGAGCGCUGGGUUGACGUGUCGUCAGCUGACCUCCACAGCUACGAGGUCAAAGUUCAUUCUUUCUGGGCGCAGCUGCAGGACUUCUCCCAGAGGGUCAACACCACCGGACAGAACAUCGACCGGGCUGUCAGACUCUACCGCUUCUUAGACCAGGCCUAUGGCUGGGCGUUGGAGGGUAUGCGUCACCUAGCUGGUGUCAGUAUGGAGGAGUGCACGCUGCCGGACAAAUGCCAGGCUGUGAUUGGCUGCCUGGAGGACUACCAGCGUGAGCACCCACCAAUCACAGAUGCCCGUUUCCAGGAGAUGAAGGCAGCGGCAGGUGAGCUGCGGGGUGAGCGAGGCCUCCGUCAGUGGAGCUUUGCCUGGUCCAAGUGUCAGGAGACAAAGAAGAUGUUUGACAGAAAGAUGGAGGCAGCGCUCAGGACACGAGACUCCAGCCACAGGCGCCGCUCUGACUCCACCCACAGCAGAAGCUCUAUGUCCUCCAGGAAGACGCUGUCAGGACUCUGGGGUGUCCGUGAGACAUCAUCCUCCUCCUGGCCGCCAGAGGAGGACGCUAACACCUCCUCACCUCCUCGUAGCGCAUCCUCCCUGCUCCCCCUCACCUCCUCACCCAUCGCCUUCACCCCUGCUCCCUCCUCUGGCUCCCCCCACACACCCCAGCACACCCCGCUCCUCCAGCGUCUGUUCCGCAGCGUCUCCUCAGAGGAGUCAUCAGACCGGGUGGAUCUCUGCUCCAGUCCCAGCCUUCCUCGCCUGGACUCCUCCUCCUGCUCCUCCUCCUCUUUUUCCUUCUCUUCCAGCAGGCGGCAGCAACUCAGGAAGACCCAGAGCUUUGACUGUCCCUCCACCCCCGAAGCGGUGCGGUACGGGUCGUGUGCUCGUGCCCUCAGCGAGCCUGUGCGCAGAGGAAACACUGGCGUGUUCAUCCGCGGCCUGGAGGUCAGUAGCACCGAGGCGGCCGACCACACGCUCUGCCCCAGGACGCCCGCUCACGGCUGGAUGGGACAGGGGCUACGCACCCCCGGGACACCCGGCACCCCGAGAACCAUCGGCAGCCCUGCAAUAGACCCCCGCCCCAGGGGAAGUAAACUGCGUCACAUUGUGGAGGAGAUGGUGACCACGGAGCGGGAAUACGUCCGCUCUCUGCGAUACAUCAUACACCACUACUUCCCAGAGAUGGACCGGGUCGACCUGCCCCAGGACCUGAGGGGGAAACGCUCCGUGGUCUUUGGGAACCUGGAGAAACUCCUGGACUUCCACAGUCAGUUCUUCCUCAGGGAGCUGGAGGCCUGCUGGAAACACCCACUCAGAGUGCCUCACUGCUUCCUCAGACAUCAGGAGCAGUUCAGUCUCUACGCUCUCUACAGUAAGAACAAACCAAAGUCUGAUGCUCUGCUGUUGAACCACGGAAACUCCUUCUUCAGGAGGAAGCAGGUGGAGCUGGGAGAUAAGAUGGAUCUGUCCUCCUACCUGCUGAAGCCGGUCCAGAGGAUGAGUAAAUACGCUCUGCUGCUCACCGACCUCAGCAAGGAGGUGGGCGUGGCCCAGGAGGCGGAGCUCGUCGCGCUGCAGGCUGCCACCGACAUGGUCAAGUUUCAGCUUCGCCAUGGCAACGAUCUGCUGGCAAUGGACGCCAUCAGAGACUGUGAUGUGAACCUGAAGGAGCAGGGUCAGCUGAUCCGUCAGGACGAGUUCACGGUCUGGACUGGGAGAAGGAAAUGUCAGCGUCACAUCUUCCUGUUUGAGGAGCUGAUACUCUUCAGUAAACCCAAGAAGAUGGAGGGAGGGCUGGACGUGUUCAUCUACAAACACUCCUUCAAGACAGCUGACGUGGGUUUGACGGAGUCCACCGGUGACAGCGGGCUGCGGUUCGAGAUCUGGUUCAGGAGGAGGACGUCCAAGAAUCAGACCUUCAUCCUUCAGGCCGCCACACCAGAUGUGAAACUCACCUGGACGUGUGACAUCGCCCGAAUCCUGUGGACCCAGGCCACCAGGAACAAAGAGAUGCGUCUGAAGGAGAUGGUGUCCAUGGGCGUGGGGAACAAACCGUUCCUAGACAUUCAGCCGAGCGACGCGGCGAUCAGUGACCGAGCCGUUCACUACAUCAUGAAGAGCAGAGGUGCCAGGACAAGGGCGUCCAUCGCCGUCUCCGUCUUUGACCACUCCAACCCUUUUAAACGAGGAGCGGUGACCUCUGACCCUGGGACAUCAGGACCUUCUUCCUCCAGUCUGCUGGGGCCGCUCAACCUGCACAUGUACAGCCAAACCCCCCUCCCCUCUCCUGCAGCUGAAGGCUCCUUCAUCACUUCCUGUAUCGAGGAGGACGAGCAGGAGCAUGAGACCAGCAGCCAGCCCUCCAUGACCACAGAGAGCUCGGGCUCGUCGUCUCGCUGUCUCUCCGGAUCCACCGGCUCCGACAGCGGCUGCGUCUCCUCCCACCUCCAGGAGGCGCUGCCCGAGGAGCCCCGCCCCUAUAGCCAGCCCUCCUCCUCCUCCUCCAACAAACAGCACCUCAGCAGCCAGUUCAAGUCAGCUGUGAAUACAGAGACAGCAGAGAGUAGAGACUGUGGUGAGACGUUAACUGUGUGUCCCCAUCCUCAGACGUCUGCUCCUCUCAUCGGCCCGGCAACCAUCGUCUGAGACAGCUCACCUGGAGGACGCCACUGUGUGUGUCCUUCCUGCUGCAGUGUGAACCAGAGGACGGAGUCUGGUCAGCUGUUGUUGUUAUUUAUGUGUUGUGCAGGUUCAGUAGUUUGUUGUGUAAAUUACUGUUGGAGUUUCUGUGUGUAGUUCGACUCCUCACAGCUGCUGCUUGUUUCUGUUAUUGAGCUGGUCCAGGAUCAGCUGGACUCUGUACAUGUGUGUAAAUAAACAGCUGUCACUUUUCUUACUUGAAUAAUAAACGAGAGUUUGUUGAAACGAA